UUUUUUUGCUUACCCUCUAGCUUUAUUCUCUGUGCUGCCGUGUGAGGUGUUCACCGGAUCCCGCAGUCUGACCGGCUUUGCGGUGCUUCUUCGAGAGCAUCAUCUAUUCUUCAGCAUUAGUGGAUUUAUGACGAACAGUUCCGUGUGCUGCCGCAUCAUGUUGACAUAACUCUGCCGAAGAACUGAAAUUAAUGAAUGGCUGGAGAGGAGAGAUGAUAUGAAUAAACUCUUUGAUGUGGAGGGAAGCGGGAAAAGGGUUUUCUACUGAAUAUAUUGGCGAGGAAGCGCGAGAAUGAGGCACGUUUCUUGUCGCUGUGAGUUUUCUUGUUGAAGUUGUCUUUGCUCAGCAAUGGAAAAACGAAUUGGAACGAAUAUUCGGAGAAGUGCUUAUUAGAGAUGGAUGGGAGCUUUUUCAACCUUUCCCCUUUAUGAAUCUUUUCGUGGUGACUCUGGAAAGGUGGAGCGAUCAGGAAAAGCUAAUGACGGACCUAUUAAUCCAUCACCAAAAGCACCAGAGGGCUUUGGAAACGUUUGGAUGGAAGUGUUUGCAUCUUUUUUUCUGGUUUUAUACGAAACUACUAAUGCAUACUGUAGUUGUGGAUCUCUGCUGGAAUCUCCGUCGUCAUUGAUUAAUUUAUAGAAAAGGGAAUCCAGGGCUGUGUUGACAUAUUUGCUGUGAUUUUUCUUUUCUGUAUUGCAAAUAUCCAUCUUUUCUUCUGAAAGUAUUCCGAUCUAAAUGGAAUUAGUUGAGAAAGCCCUUUGUGAAAGGAAUAGACAUGGUACAUGGGAACAGGUUCCUUCACGUUGUUGCAGGUCUUCUCAUGCUUGGGUUGUCUGGGGCAACAAAGAAGGAAGCAGUGAAAAACAAUUCAGGAGUGCAGCCAGCAGGGCAGUGUGGAACCUGGGUGAAAGAACCGGAGGGAGGCCUCUUCACCUCAGCCAAUUACCCAAACAAAUAUCCCCCAGAUCGAGAAUGCAUCUACAUCAUUGAAGCUCCCCCGAGACAAUGCAUUGAUCUUUUCUUUGAUGAAAAGUAUUCAAUUGAGCCUUCAUGGGAAUGUAAAUUUGACCAUAUUGAAGUCCGGGAUGGACCCUUUGGCUUUUCUCCAAUAAUUGGACGCUACUGCGGACAGCAGAACCCUCCAUAUAUCAGAUCAAGCGGCCGCUACCUAUGGAUAAAAUUUGUUGCAGAUGGUGAAUUGGAAGCCAUGGGAUUUUCUGCAAGCUACAAUUUCACAUCAGGCCGCUGGCUGUUUGAAGCCUUUGUCCCAGCUGUAAACAGACGCAGCAGUAAUAAGAAAAACAAGACGGACUAA